AUGAAGCCUGAUAAUAUCCUCCUUGUGCCCUCAAAUAGAAAUUGUGAUUCUGUUCCUAAGUUUGUGGCCAAGAUUGCUGAUUUCGGGUUGGCGAAGAGAGGGAGGAAAAGCAAGAGGACUAGGUAUGAUCGUUACUUGAGAGGCACGGCAAUGUAUAUGGCCCCAGAAGUGGUUCUUGAUCAUGUUCAGGAGGCUCCCGCGGAUAUUUGGGCUUUAGGGUGUCUCGUGUUAGAGAUGCUAACGGGGAAAUCGCCUUGGGAUUCUGAGUUUGAUUUCGCGAUGAAAGGUCUGUUUCGUAGGAUUGGUGAUUCGGGUGCACUGCCACAGAUUCCUGCUUGGAUAUCAGAUGAUGCAAGGGAGUUUUUGAAUCGGUGUUUCGUUAGGAAUCCUAUGUUCAGGUUCACUACAGAGAUGCUAAUGGACCUUCCUUUUGUGAGCGGCGUCGUGGAAGAAGAAGAUGAAGAUGAUUAUCAUGAUGAUGAAGUUGCAGAAAAUUCAGAUUUGUUGUUAUGGUCAGAGGAUCCUGAAGAGUGGAGAAGCUCUGCAGAAAAAUUUACAGUGAAUGAGCAUAAAAGAAAAAGGUAUUCUCACUUCAUUCCUAUUACUGGUGCAGACCUUGUGUUCACCACAUAA